ACGACAGCGUGGCAUCAUGAAGCUGUUGCUUGGCAUUUGUGUCAUAGGGGCUGCCCUGACGCAGGGCUUUUUAACCCCAACGCCGAUGCACCAAGCAUUCCAAGACACACGUACUCAACACCGUCGAUUUGCAUCCAGGACACUUAAAGCUGUGGUAGACCCUGGCCACGUGGCGGAGGUGGUGCACACCCACCUCCCCUCAUCGUCGGUCUGGCUUUUGCAGACACUUCAAGGGGUAGCGGAUGCUGCCGCAGCCACAGCCGCCGAUACUGCAGGAGCCGUGGAAGGUAGCAAAGAGAUGACUGGUGCAGCUGCGGCCGCCGCUGCGAACAAUGGCGGGUGGCUGGCGGCUCCCAUUGGCGCGAUUGAGAAAGCCAUUACCUUCAUGCACGAAACUUUGGAGGGCGCCGGGUUGCAAAAUACCUACGGCCUGUCCAUUAUCGCCUUCACCGUCCUCGUCAAACUUGUGACGCUGCCUCUGAACUACAAGCAGAUCGAAAGCACGACGAAAAUGCAGGCCAUCCAACCGAAAAUGAAGGAAAUCCAAGCCAAGUACAAGAGCGACCCCACCCUUCAACAACAGAAAAUGGCCCAGCUCUAUUCCGACAACAACGUCAACCCCCUCGCGGGCUGCCUCCCUGCGUUGGUGCAGAUCCCCAUCUUCAUCUCCCUGUACCGGGCCUUGACGAAUUUGGCCGCCGCCAACGAAUUGAAUGAGCCUUUUCUCUGGCUACCCAAUUUGGAGGGACCGACGUACGGGGCGGGCCCAGCGGACGGGAUGAAUUGGCUGAAGCAGUGGGAAGGCUUUACCCCCUCUCUGGGCUGGCACGACACCAUCGCUUUUUUGACGGUACCGUUGAUUCUGAUCGUCUCCCAGAGCAUCUCCCAACAAAUCUUGCAGCCCGCCGCGAACAAGGACGAUCCCAACGCGCAGCAAUCCCAGGCCAUCCUCAAAUUUCUCCCCUUCAUGGUCGGCUACUUCUCCCUGAACGUGCCCUCAGGCCUGGGGGUGUACUGGAUCGCCAACAACUUGAUCACCACCCUCACCACGGUGGCCGUCAGGGCCGUCAUACAAGGCAAGGAGGAGGAAGCCGUUGCCGGAGGGGGGGGGGGGGGCACCGAGGUGGAGGACGUGGACGACGAGUCGUCGUCUUCGGCGGGGGUGGAAAAACGUAAAUUCGGGGGGCUUCCCGCCGUGGGGGUGAGCCAGGAUGAGCGCUUGGGCCGGACGGAGAAGGGUUCGACGGUGGAGGUGUUGAAGGAGGAGGGGGGCUUGACGGUCCUCAGGGAGGUGAAGGACGGGGAAGUGGUGUCCACGACGGUGCGGUUGACGCCGGAGGAGAUGAAGCGACGGCGGGAGGCAUUGGCCAGGGGGGAGGAUCCGGCCGCGGUCGGCCCACCGACGACGCCGAAAACCCCCGAGCCCAGCAAUGAUCCGAGGCAGAAUAAACGGUCGAAACGCCGGAAGAAAUAG